AUGGGCCGUCAGCAAAAACGACAAAGGCCCGCCUCCGCCGCUUCGGCGCCGGCGCAGCCUCCACAGCAGUUGAUGAUGCCGGGCUUUGGGGUGCCACCCAUGCCGCAAUUCAUGAUGCAGCCUCAGGAAGCGGAUGAUGAGAGUGGCAGUGACAGCAGUGAUUCGCAGGAUGCCAAGAUCACCACCUCGGCCACGAUGCUUAAGGGCCUUCCCCGUGUCUGGCUGUCUCAGGUUGUGGAGAAGGUGGAGCCCAUGCUCGACAGCACCUACACCUGUAAUCUGGAUCUGGUGCAGGGUGUGCGCUACUACAGGAAGUUGGGGAAAAGGCUGCAGCAGGCCUCCUAUCGGGUGAAGCAGGGCAUGGGCGAGGAGAGCUUCAAGAAGAACGUCUUGGAGAAGCUGCCACUUUCCCUGACCGACGACAUCGUGCUCUCGAUCGCUCCUGGUCAUUUGGUGGCGGCGCCUCUUGGUCCUUCGCUGGCGGCUCUUGGUUCUUCGGUGGCGGCCUGGUCCUUCGGUGGCGGCUCCUGGUCCUUUGGUGGCGGCUCCUGGUCCUUCGGUGGCGGCUCCUCUGGCCCAGGCAGUGAUUUCAAUGACCCCGAGAUGAGUUCAAUGGUCCUUGAGCGCCGUGCGCCACCUCCCAUCAUGUUCGACCAGCCUGAGCAGGCCGCCGAUAACGGUGAGGAGGAGGAUUCUGCUGAUGCCGGUCUUCGCCAUGAAGCUGCAGAUGACCGUGUGAUCUGCGUCAUUUGCAUGGAUGUGAUCAAUGAGCACCAGGAGGAAGCCAGGCUGCCGUGCAACCAUGUGCUGCACCAUGAUUGCGUCGACAGGUGGCGCUCGGUUGCCGGAGUGGGAGAAGAUCAAUGCCCAACGCGCUGCGAGCGGUCGGUGCAACAACGUGACCAAUUUGCCCCUGCAGAUGAUUUGGAUCAGCGCCGCAGUGAGAACCAAGUGGUUGCCGAGGAAGCAGCUGCUCAGGCCAUUGAUGGCCAAAAUGAGUUUUUGUGA